CAGGGGCCCUCGGAAUCUGUGUGUGACCCCCCACCCCUCCAGAUCUACACCGAAGAGCAGUGGACCCCAGGGGCCCUCGGAAUCUGUGUGUGACCCCCCCACCCCUCCAGAUCUACACGGAAGAGCAGUGGACCCCAGGGGCCCUCGGAAUCUGUGUGUGACCCCCACUCCUCUUAGGGUAGAUGGUGGGGGGGUCCGUGAGGAUGACCAGUGUGUGGCAGCAGACCAUCGCUCUCCUCUGGAAGAACCUGCUCCUCAAGUGGAGGAGGAAAUGGCACAGCAUCCUGGAAUGGCUCCAGGAUUUGGCCUACGUGCUGCUGAUGUUCCUGGUGGCGGCCUCUGCGCAGGUCUCACCCAUGAAUGAAUUCUCCCCAUAUGCGGCACUUGGGCGAGUAGACAGCUUCACAUCACAAAACUUCACGGUGGGAUACAUCAGCACUGCACCCACUGCCAGGGAGACCAUGCGAAGGGUGGCAGAGAGCCAGGACCUGCCAGGGUGGACAGUUCAGGAAUUUGAGGAUGAGGAAGCCCUGCUGAGUGAGGUGAAGAACCACACAGCCAUCGCUGUCAUCUUCCAUCAUCCAUUUCAAUAUCACAUCCGAUUCUCAGUCUACAACAUCUCCAGCCCCAAUGACUACACAUCAUACCAAGGUGUCUGUUCCAAUAUAUCAGAGAAUUGCUAUCCCACUUUUUACUGGUCCACGGGUUUCCUCUUCCUCCAGGCGAAGAUUGACUCUGCUAUAAUCGAGAUGACCACCAGUCACAUGGUUCAGGAGCAGCUGACAUCCAUCAUGGUGGGAAGGAUGGCCUCCACACAAUACUCCCACAGUCUGGUCAUUAGUGUUGGGAUCUUUGUCUUCGGGAUGUGCUUGUCAUACGUGUCCAUGAUGUAUCUUCUGUCCUUGUAUGUCACCCGGGAACGCAUGGAGAUGGGCACCAUCAUGAAGACCAUGAGGCUGAAGGAACGAGCCUUCUGGUUGUCCUGGGGAUUUCUCUAUCUCAUCUAUGUUAUCAUCAUUGCCAAUCUGAUGACCCUGGUUACAGGAUUCUUUGUGUUCACCAGAAGCUCUUAUGGGGUCAUCCUCCUGCUCUUCAUCCUGUAUGGUAUAGCAUCGAUCUGCGUCACAUUCAUGCUGAGCGCCCUCUUCAGGAAUCCCCGGGUCACAGCCAUUGCAGGAUUCUUUAUAACGCUCCUCACAUCGGCCUCAGGCCUCCUGCUGCUCAUGAAGAACCUUCCUAAAGCCGUUGAAGUCUUACUGUGCAUCUUCCCCCCAUUUGCCUUCUCAGUUGGACUAGUGGAGAGCGUCCACAUGGAGGAUGAUCUCCGAGGAGUCUUCUUCUCCCACCUGACAGACGUCUCCUCACACAUUGUGUUCUGCUGCAUCAGCCUCAUGGUGGAUUCUCUGCUCUAUGGUCUCCUCACCCUUUACUUCAGUAAGGUCCUCCCAGGUAGGUGA